CCCUGAACGAGCCGACGAUCGAUUAUGGCUUCCAGCGCCUACAGAAGGUGAUUCCGCGGCACCCCGGAGACCCCGAACGUUUGCCAAAGGAAGUCCUGCUGAAGAGAGCAGCGGAUCUGGUGGAAGCUUUGUAUGGGAUGCCCCACAAUAACCAAGACAUCAUCUUGAAACGGGCCGCGGACAUCGCCGAAGCCUUGUACAGCGUCCCACGCAACCCGAACCAGCUGACGUCCCUGUCCGGGAACCACGGUCACGCGGGCAUGAUGGGCGUCAACUCCUUCGGGAGCCAGCUGGCCGUCAACAUCAGCGAGUCCACUCAGGGCUCGGAGCAAGGAUACCCGCGCAGUGCAAGCAGCGUCUCACCCCGGGGCUACGUGCCCAGCUCCACCCCUCAGCAGAGUAACUACACCACAAUCACCUCCAGCAUGAACGGUUACGCGGGGGCCACCAUGACCGGUCUUGGGGUGCCAGGCUCCCCCAGUUUUCUCAACGGCUCCACCGCCAACUCUCCCUACGCCAUCAUGCCAUCGAGCCCACCCCUGGGGGCCUCCUCCACCCCUGCCGGCGUCUUCUCCUUCUCUCCGGUCAACAUGAUCUCGGCCGUCAAGCAGAAAAGCGCCUUCGCGCCCGUCGUCCGGCCCCAGGCCUCCCCGCCCCCCACUUGCACCAGCACCAACGGGGCCGGCCUGCAAG